AUGAAUUUUUCAAAAUUAGAUAUAUUUUCAACUUAGUUUAACUUUAAUUUAGGAAAUUUGAACUCAAGAAAAGGAACAUUUAUAGGUACUUUGCUAACUCUCUUUAUUGUUAUAACUGCUUUGACAUAUUUAAUAUACAUUCUUCAAUAAUAUUUUAAUAAUUUGAUCGAACCUAAUUUUCGAUCUUAAAAUGUCAUAUCUUCCUAAUUAGUUGAUAUUGGAUUAACUAAUGAUAUUUUAGGAUUCAGAUUUGAGUAUGAUUUAAAUAAAAGCAUAGACCCUUUGCAGGUUAAGCAAAAUUUGACCUAUAUCGUCUAUAUGGCAGUGUUUGAGAUUUAUGAUGGUAAUAGAUAGUAAUUUAUCUAGCUAGAUAUAAAAAAAUGUGAAAAUGAACAGUUAAAUGAAUUUAAUUGCGUAGAUUUUUCUCAAUUAUAAAAUAAUGUAUUAUUUAGCAAUUAUUAAUCAAAUGCCUACUCUUCAAUUUAAAUUUAUAUGUAUGGCUGUUAAGAUCUAGAUAAUAUAAAAACAACUAUCCCAAAUAAUUGUGCAAGCUAAGACUAAAUUGACUAAAUUAUAAAUGGCUAUUAUGCAGGAUAAAGAAUUAUGCUUCUAACUUCUUAAUAUGAUGUAUCUUCUAAGAGUAUUAUGGCAAAUUACAGGAGCAUAUUUGUGUACUCUAUUGCAAACUAGUAUGUUUUAACUACUGUUAAAGUAUAAAAGCAGAUAUCAAAAAUAAAGUAGGGCUUUCUAUUAUAAUCAGAGGAAAUAUUUUCUUCACCAAUAUAGUAUGGAAUUUACAAUUAAAAUUUUGAUAAGUAGUAUUGUAUUUAAACUAGUGGUUUAGGACCUUAUAAUUAAUUUAACAUUGUAAUGGAUGAGGUAUAGUAGUAGAUAAAAAUACAAUAUUAAACAAUACCUUAAGUUCUAGCUAUGGUCAAUAGCACUUUUACACUCUUAAUGUUUUUAGGAGUUAUUGGAAGGUAUUUAGCAAAAAAAUCUAUUAUGUAGGACUUGUUUAUGCUUUUUUUAAGGAAUAUGUACUAAGAUUCUUAUUCUCAAAUUCUAAAAUUUAAUAGUUACUUUUAAAGCAACUAAGAUUUUGAAUUUUAUUUAAAUUUCAUGGAAACCAAGAGUAAGUUUAUAGAGGAAAAAGAAGAAUCUUAAUCAAUAGUUGUGCCAUCUUUGAUGUUAAAAACCAAAUAAAAGCUAGAUUAAAAAAAAUAAAGUCUAAUAAAUUAUGAAAAUAUCUAUUCUUCAUAAAUAGGCGACUAAGAUAAAACCAUGAAUUAUAACUCAUCUUUUAAAUUUUUAUCUAAAUUAUGCACUGUUUCUCAUGAUUAAAAAGAAUAUUCAUUGGAUGAUAGACAAGUUAAUAUUUUUAAUUCUUUUAAGUAAUAAAUUAAAGAUUGCUCAUCGAAAAUUGAUUAAAGUGUAUCAAGUGAAAGCUCUCCAAAUUAAAUGAUUAAAAGAUAAAUAAAAACACCAGUUACUAAUAAAAGUUAAUAGAAACAAAGAUUUUCUUUCAAAAGCGUACGUCAAUUUGAAAGUCCAGUAAUAGAAUAAUCAAAUAAAUUAAGUAAUAUCGAUUUAAAUAAAUCCGUUUUUGAGUACUACAGCUAAAAGCUAAAAACUAUCUACAAUUCUUCAAUUUCGUUAAAAAUUCAAAAAAUGAUUUUCAAAACAAGAUUUUGUAGAAGAAAAAAGGAAUUAAAUAAAAUAGGAUUAAGCCAUCAAAUGUACAAAACAAUAGAGGAUGAAGUUAAUAAAAAUAUUGAUAUUUUUUAGAUUAAUUAGCUGCUUUACAACUUGUUGGAUGCUCUUCGAUCUAUUUGA